GCGCCCUUCUGUCGUCAUCAAGACGGGCGGCCGGCGGCGGCGGCGGCGCUUGCGAGGAAGUUAGGAAGCCGCUAUGGCGAGCCCUGCCGCCGCCUCUGUGAGGCCGCCCAGGCCCAAGAAAGAGCCGCAGACUCUUGUCAUCCCCAAGAAUGCGGCCGAGGAGCAGAAGCUCAAGCUGGAGCGGCUCAUGAAGAACCCGGACAAAGCAGUUCCAAUUCCAGAGAAGAUGAAUGAAUGGGCUCCUCGGCCUCCUCCAGAAUUUGUCCGAGAUGUCAUGGGUUCCAGUGCCGGGGCUGGCAGUGGAGAGUUCCACGUGUACAGGCACCUGCGGCGGAGAGAGUACCAGCGGCAGGACUACAUGGACGCCAUGGCUGAGAAGCAAAAACUGGAUGCAGAGUUCCAGAAGAGACUAGAAAAGAAUAAAAUUGCUGCCGAGGAGCAGACUGCAAAGCGCCGGAAAAAGCGCCAGAAGUUGAAAGAGAAGAAGUUAAUGGCGAAGAAAAUGAAACUUGAACAGAAGAGACAGAAGGAAGAACCCAGUCAGAGCCAGGAACAGCGUGCCAGCAGCUCUGAGGAUGCGUCUGGGACAGAGGAGGAGGAGGAAGAGGAGCCCAGCAUCAUCAUGGGGCGAUGAGGAUGUGAGCCCAGCUCAUUCUCUGACCAGCUUCCGGAAGGAAAGGAGCCCAGCUGCCAGACUGGCUGGGUUGGGAGACGACAGGAGCCUCCUGCAUCCCUGCUUGCCUAGGGAGCCGAGGGGGCAUCCCCUAGACAUUUGCAGACUGCGUCCUGCCCUGCUCUUGCUGAGGGGGAUGCCUCACCUUCCCCUGGUGCUUGUGCCCUGCUUGAACAGCGACGAGCUCGGGCUGGUUUCUGCGAAGGGAAUUUUAUUUAGUAAAGAGCGGAAAACCUAUAGGUUUUGUCCAUAUACGCGGGAUGUUCAUUACCAAAGCCUCAGAGGAACCAUGAAAUGACGCAGAGACUGAAAUUUGGCAGGUCCUCUUUUGCAGACCUCCUUCCAGACCUGCCCAGGCACAUGGUCUUCGCUCUUGGAAAGGCCUGCACUUCGGGUGCCCAGCCCUGUCCCUUUAUGGACAGCAGGCUUUGUUGCUGGAGACCUGUGCCUGCCCAGCUGCUCUCAAAACGUGUAUGAGCCGACCAGGGCCUCAGUAGGAGGCUGGGCAGAAGGAGAGGCUCCAGGAAAACAACGGGAGAUGGAGGAAAGCAGGGAGUGACCAGAGAGACCUGGGGGACAGACAGGUACUGGCCAGAAGCCUUCCUCCCAUCCUUAAGUCAGAGGAGAUCUAAGCGAGAAGGGCCCGAGAGGGCGGACCUCCUAGGGGUGGGAAACACUCCCGUCACCAGGAUUUGGAGGCAGCCAGUCCUCCCUCCAAGUGUCCUUGAGUUACUGUGGUCCCGACCUGCUGUGAGUACAACCAACAGCCGCAGAGUAGAGGACCAGGCAUCGUGCCAGGAAGAAGGGGGGUGACCCAGAACCGCCUUGGUCCUCAGAACCAUCUGGCCAGUGGGGUGGCAGACAGUUUCUAGCAGAGCCCUGAGUCUGUGUCUGAAGUGUCUCCAGUUCCCAAGUGUGUCAUGUGCUGUCCAUGGGUGUUAGCACUGUGAGUGAAAGGGACGCUAAGAAUGUCCUCUCCUUUGUGAUUGUGUGUUGCUGUUCUUUGUACUAUGCUUUGAUGGUGUUUACUCCAUUCUAGCCCAUUCCACCAGGAAAAGCCCGCUUCCCAGCACACGCCUCUCCUGCUUUCAUGUCUUGUUUGGGUGUGGCGUGCUGACUUUCAUUAGUUGCCUGAGUGAGCUUAGGUGGUGGGUUGUUACCAAAACAUGGGAGCCUUCCCAGGGGCUAUGCCUCUGAAGGAAAUGACUCUCUCUCCCCUCUUUACUUCUGUAGCACAGGUUCCAUGGUCCCACUCCGAGCCAUCCGUGAUAACCCCUGUCCCUGGAGCAGUUGACGUCACACGGGAUGGAUCUUCAUGUGUGUCAGGACUGGCCUGGUGGUUCUGUGCUUUGCUUUUAAUUCUCCUUUACCCGCCUGUGUCAGGGCUCUUGCGUUGAACCUGCAGCCAGACCACGGGCUUUUGCUCUGCCGCAUGAGGGCUGCUGAGGAGUAGGGAGGGGUCUAAAAGCCCUUCUCUCGGCUGCCUCCGAGCCGGGACAAGUCCCUUCCUGCCCUGCCCGUUCGCCCGGCCUAGAGCUGCACUCCGCACAUGUGUCCGGCGGUGGCGGCAGCGGCUCCUCGGGAAUGACUAAACACAAGGACUGCAGCUGACUGCUGCUGGGGAGGAGGGAGCAUCUGGAGGCCUUCUGCUAAGGGUUAUCAGUUCUCCGGGUUAGCUGACUCGGUCUGUCUUCACUGUCGUCUGUGGGGAAGUGGAGCAGUUAGGUGGCGUCACUGAGGCGGUGGCUGGUACUGCCAGCUGCCCCCAAAGCCACAAAGAGGAGGGUUGUGCCAUUAUGUGCUUGUUGAGGGUUCGCAGGUGGAGAGAAUCCUGUCAGCGAACCCCAGGCCGCAUAUAGCAGAAGUGUCUCAGGAAGCUUGCAGAGUGUGGCCAUCUUACCCCAAACACACCUAGUCUCUCCUGCCCUCGGAAGCUAAGCACGCUUGUCUCUGAGGAUCCUGAUUUACCUACAAGGCAGGCCUUUUUCAUUCACUCUCUUGACAGACAAUGUGCUAAGACAAUGUGCUAAGCACUUUGUGUGACAGCCUGGUCAUUUAGAGUAGAAUGUUCUUUACCCUUCCAUUAGAUUUCUCAUGAAUUUCCCAAAUAAGCUUUCUCUUGUUGCAAAUGGGGGGCUGGGGUUGACCAGUCAGUGUGACUCGGAUCAUUGUGAUGUGCUGUCCUGGGAAGAGCUGUCUGGUUCUUCAGCGGGGAGGGUGCCUGGGACUGCCAGGGCUGAGGAUGGACAGCCCUCCUGUCACGAGCUGUGGCACAUGGUGCCUGGGUGAGUGAAGACUGCUCCAUAAAAGAUUGCUUUUUUGUGU